AUGACCAGGAACACCAGCACUACCGUCUACCAUCACAGGGACGUCAGCAGCAUUGGUUCCAGGCAAAUCUUCUGGUGCAAUAGGUUCGUCAAGCUCCAAGGCACCAUCUAUGAGAAGAUCUACCUCGCCACCAUCAGAUAUGGAUCCUUCAGAACCCUCUUCGGCUCGCUGCUCUGCAAUCAGACGAUCUAA